CGUAUAAAGAGAGAAGCAGCCAGCGCAUCGCAUCGCAUCGCAUCGUAUCGCAUCGCAUCGAGUAAAAGGCAUCAUCCCCAAUGACGGGCUCGCAAGACGAGGCAGAAGAGGCUGUGCUCGCACGGGGAGGAGAGGUGCUGCGAGCGGGUCAAGCAUCAAGCGAUGAAGAGCAAAGUGGCACAGACACGAUCCCGCAAGCAGCAGCAGCAGCAGCAGCAGGCAAAGAGAAAGAGGAAGGGCAAAGUGGCGCGGCGGCGGCGGCCAGACUGCAACGCAUGCCAUCCAUCUCUGCUGCCAGCAGAGCAUUCCCAAGAGGACUUCGAGCGCGCAUCCUCAAUUUCACACCUUCCUGGUUCAGCGUGUCGAUGGGUACGGGUGGUGUUCACAUCCUCCUGCUGCUCUUGGCCGACGUGUGGUCAGCCUAUGCUUCCGACGCCACUGCAGAUGAUCACCAGAGCUUUGCUAGCAACACCACCUUGCCCGCCAAAAUCCUCCGAUGGCCUGCCCUCAUCUUUUGGAUCGUCAAUUGCGCACUCUUCUUUACCUUUCUGCUCGCUUUCAUCAGUCGCUACAUCAUGUUUCCCGCCGUCUUGCCUCUGACGCUGACGCACCCUCAAAAGUCGCCCUUUUUGGGUACUGCACCCAUGGCCUUUCUCACGCUCAUCUCUUCCCUCUCUCAACUGGGCACCCGAUUUUUCGCGCUAGGUCUGACGCCCACCAUCCUAGCAGCUUCGCUCUGGUUCGUCGCUUGCUUCGUCAGCACCUUGUGCGCCCUCGUCGUUCCUUUUAGCAUGAUGAUCCUUCAAAAUCACCAUUUCGAAGGAACGACGGCUGCCCUGCUCUUGCCCGUCGUCCCUCCCAUCACUGCAGCUGCGACGGGAGCUGGCAUUGCGGAACUGCUGGCCAUCGACAAGCCAUCCCUCAGCUUCACCGUUCUCGCUCUAAGCUACAUUAUGAAUGGCGUCGGGCUGAUGCUCGCUUUGAUGAUUCUCACUCUAUACUUUCAGCGUCUGCUCCUCUUCAAUCAACCACCAAGAGAAGUCAUCAUUUCGGUGUUUUUGCCGCUGGGGCCGUGCGGUCAAGGUGCCGAAGCACUGCUACAUCUCGGUCAAGCUGCCUUGCGCCUGUUCCCAGUCAUUUCCAGUCUCGCGCUGCCCACGCCGGGUACGGGACACGGCGAUGGCGUGCCGCUCUUGACGUACGGCGUCGCCCAAGCUCUCUACGGAGCGGGUCUCGUUGGUGCGCUGCAUCUCGUCGGACUGGGCGGCUGGUUUUGCCUUUUGGCCAUCGCCAUCGUGUUCAGGGAAGCGACGCAAGAGAGGCUCAAAUUCAACCUCGGAUUUUGGGCCGCCACCUUUCCGCUGGCCAGUCUCAUCAUCGGUGUCGGAAGGCUGGCGUUGGUCCUCGACAGCUUGGCCAUACGCGUCGUCUUUACGCUGAUGUGCUUUGCGUACGCUCUGGUCUACUUUGGCGUGGCCGUGCCCACUCUUCGAGGUUUCAUCUCUGCAGAGCUCUUGGUCGCCCCGUGCAUCGCUGAUCUUCCCCUUGAUCCGCUCAAGAAGUAUCGGGACCCCAGAGAUGAGGUGGAGGAGCGGUGAUG